AUGGCUUCCUUUUUCAAUGCCGUCGCGGGCCUCUCGCUGGCCUCAGUUGCGCUUUCCUCGCCAGUUGCACCUCACGUCCAUGCGCGACAAUACAAUGCGACAAGUCCUUGUGCCCAAGUUGGCGCUGCGAUUGCCGGCAAGAACGUUACUGCAGGUACUGCCACUGUACCUGCUGAGCUUGCAUGGGAUUGUAUCAACUCUGUCCCCUUCAACCAGAGCGCUGCUCUCGCCCUGGUAGACGGCGUUGUUCCUUACUUCAGAUGGCAGAGUAACACGGUCUGGCUGAAGGACCCUCCAGCCGAGUAUGCCGAGAAGGUGCAGCCACCAGUCGACAUCUGGGGCGAGCUCGAGGACAUCAGAGCCAAGGUUACUUCUGGAGCGUAUGAGAAUGAGUACGAGUUCGGGUUUGAGCUCUACACUCUCUUGCAAAGCACCCACGAUGGUCACUUUGUGUACGUCCCUGACGUUGUAGGCACAGUCUUCAACUUCGCCCGUCCAGUGCCUCUUGUAUCUGUGUCCAGCGACGGAAAGGAGCUUCCUCAGCCUUAUGUAUAUGCAGACGUACUGGCCGAGUCACUCGGCAGCGCCACUUUCACACCCUCACCCAUCACACAUAUUGAUGGCGAGGACGCCAAAGACUUCCUGGAGAACUGGGCUCAGUACGGAUCUCUCCAAGACCGAGAUGCGUUGUACAACAACGUCUUCUACGAGCUCGCGACCGUGUCUCUUGGCCCUGUCGGAUCUGGUAUCGGUACCUUUGCAGGUUCUGGCCGUGGUCGCUGGAUUUACCCAGGUCCCACUACCGAGCUUACAUUCGAGAACGGUACCAGCCGUACUUACGACAACUUUGCUAAAGUUUUGAUCCCAUUUGAUGGUAUCACCGACGGAGAGAGCCUAUACAAGCUCUGGUUUACUGGCCCAACCCAAACUGAGGAGCCAACGCCUUCCAACUCGACCUCAGCCACCCCUACACCUUCCGCUACUACUUCAGCUACACCGGUGCCCACUAUCCCCGCACCUGGAUAUCCACCACCAGUUUUCCGCGAAGCUCACAACUUGAUUGGCGGUUACUUCCUCGAGGACGACUACUCCGAUGUUGCUGUACUCUCGGUGCCAUCUUUCGUCGGUAUCGACGCACAGGAGGAAUUCCAAGCUACUGCUGCCAACUUCCUCGCCGCGGCCAAGUCUGCCGGAAAGAAGAAGCUCGUUAUAGAUGUUUCUGCUAACGGAGGUGGGACCAUUCUGCUCGGCUACGACUUGUAUAAACUUCUUUUUCCACAAGACAUCGACCACGCGGCUGCUGAUCGUUACCGUGCUUUCGAGGCCACCGAGAUUCUGAACCGCAAGUUCUCUGAAGCUGCUGAGGGUGUACCGCGCGUGCUCGACAGCCAGAACGAAACACUUGCUGAGCUGGUUGAUGGUGUGGUUUCGUCUGUCUUCAACUACCGAUCUGAUCUUGAUGUCAACAGCGAGAACUUCGAGAGCUGGCAGGACAAGUUUGGCCCUGGUCUUGAGCAAAAAGGGGACAAUUUCACCAACCUCUUCCGGUGGAACCUCAGCGAUACACUCAUCCCGCUAAACUCGGGUGGUAUCUACGUCCACGGUUAUGGUCCACUUUCAAACUACACCCAGGCUCCUUUCGCCGCCGAGGACGUUGUCGUCGUUACCGAUGGGUACUGCGCGUCAACCUGUACCAUCUUCUCGGAACUCAUGCGUCAACGUGCCGGCGUCAAGUAUAUCUCUCUCGGUGGUCGCUCACGUGAGGGUAUCACCCAAGCCGUCGGUGGUGUCAAGGGAACGAACAACUUCCCCUGGACCUACAUCCAAUCUCUCGCCCAGUACACUGUCGAGGAGCUCUCCACACCCGAAGAGGGCGCUCAACUUAACACGACUGAACUAGGCGAGUACUAUGACAAUACAGUUUUCUACCGCUCUUCCAACAACGCUAUCAACGUCAACUUCCGUGACGGUAUCCGCGAUGGAGACGAGACAAACACUCCUCUCCAGUUCGUCUACGAGCCUUCUGACUGCCGCAUCCUGUAUACCAAAGCUAUGACAGUUGAUGUGACUGCUAUUUGGAAGGCUGUGGCUGACUCGACCUGGGGUGGCGUAAGUCACUGUGUCGCUGGAGACCUUGGUGGUUACUCAACAUCCCGCAUGGCCAAACGUGAGCUGAGCGUGUCCGAGAGGGCGCACAGCAAGAGGAUGCAGUCCUGGAGGAGAGAACUCAAGACGGCUGACUACCCGCUUGAUGUCAGGACUGACCUCAGCGGAGUUAGCUUCGAUGGAAACGGCAUCAUGUGGCCAUAG